AUGUCCCAUCCUGCCAUUUUUCCCUCGCAGAUCCAGGUGGCGAUCGGGGUCCCGCCACCCAAGAUCGAAACGCGAGCCAUUGCAACCGCCAAGCUGAAAGCCCCAACAAGGCAUCCGAAUUGGUAUCCGGCCAAAGUCUACCAGUUCAGCUCGCGGCGCUCGACGCGCGAGACGGAGGCCCCAGCAAUUGCAAGCAGUCCCUCAAUGCCAGAACGAAUCUGUUCCUGUGGAAUCAUCAAAACACCUGGCUGCCGCUCGAUCGCCUUCAAAUCAGUAUCUUGCGGCCCGACCCUUCCUCCCAACUGCUAUUCCCGAGACAUUCCCGUUUCAAACAACACCAUACUCCAUUCACAGACGAGGAAGACGACUGCAUGUGGAACCCCAGAUAUGUUCCAAAUGGAUGAGCUCGACAUACCGGCGUCUCGCGACUCUCAGUUUCGCUCACCUAUAAUUAUUGAUACGGGGUUGGAGCCAGGGAGCCAAGCACGAGAGCCAAGCAUGAGCAUCCGGAAAGCCAUCAAGGUGCGGCGAAUGGCAAUAUAG